AACUUAAAAGUGUGAAUUUUAAAAUGUGUAAUCAAAUUUUUUGGAAGAUUUUGAAAAAUUAAAAAAAUUGCUUGAAAAAAAUUUUCACAUGCAAAACGACUUACUGAGACUUAUGGUCUUAUAACAGAAAAAAAAGAAGAAGAAGCAUUAGUACAAGCAAUAAAUAACGAAAAUUUUUGCGAAAUAGGGAAACAAACAUCACCAGCUUCCAUUAUUCAAAAGGACAUCUUGUGUAACCAGGAGGUUUUGCGUGUGUCGCUCUUGUAAUAUGUGUAAAGGAGUUUAAGGCCAAAUUUUACCAAAGCUUUAGUUUUGUAAGAAAUCGGUACAGGCGCCUUGGAAUUUUCGGUUUUCAAGGUGACUUCUUUGCCACAUUAAAAAAGAAUUAAAAAGCAAAAGCUUGAAGUUAAGACAAAUACGCGGAAUGGCCAAAUCUAUGGAUACAAUUACCUGCAAAUUGCAGUCUCUAGAAGAGCGUUUACAAGCCGAAAAUGAAUCGAGACGUCUUUUUGAAACGUCCACAAUGGGUAUGGGACGUCCGAAUACACUACGUAGACCUCAGCUAACGGGAUUGGACAACAUACCAAAUCGCAACCAAAUGACGCUGGAUUUCGUAAGACCUACCGUACCUGCCACUGAAUCUGAAACUGAUAAAAAAUUGAAAAAAAUUCACAAACAGACUGGCAUACUAACAAUAAAUGGCCAUAAAUAUAAAUCGGAUAUUAAAGAUCUCGAGCAUUUGGGUGAUUUAGGCAAUGGUACCAGCGGGAAUGUUGUUAAAAUGCGCCAUAAACCUAGUAGCAUGGUGAUAGCAGUCAAACAAAUGGCUCGCACUGGCAAUUCGGAGGAGAAUAAACGUAUACUAAUGGAUUUGGAUGUAGUAUUGAAAUCACAUGACUGCCAAUAUAUAGUGCAAUGUAUGGGCUUUUUUGUAACCAUUUCUGACGUCUGGAUAUGCAUGGAAUUGAUGUCAAUGUGCUUUGACAAAUUAUUAAAAUUGUCCAAAAAACCGGUACCGGAGAGCAUAGUGGGGAAAGUUACAGUGGCGACUGUUAAAGCAUUAUCGUAUCUGAAAGAAAAACAUGGUGUUAUUCAUCGUGACGUUAAGCCAUCGAAUAUACUCAUCGAUGAACGUGGCAAUAUUAAGUUAUGUGAUUUUGGCAUUAGCGGUCGUCUGGUAGAUUCAAAAGCGGUCACGCGUUCAGCGGGCUGUGCAGCAUACAUGGCGCCUGAACGCAUUGAUCCUAAAAAACCAAAGUAUGAUAUACGUGCCGAUGUUUGGUCUUUGGGUAUAACGUUGGUCGAAUUGGCUACAGCACGUUCUCCAUACGAAGGCUGCAAUACCGAUUUCGAGGUAUUGGCUAAAGUGUUAGCUUCCGAUCCACCUCGUCUACCGGAGGACGACAGUUUCCACUUCAGUUCGGAAUUUCAUGAUUUCGUUAACAAGUGUCUAACGAAAAAUCAUGUUUUAAGGCCCAAAUACCCGCAACUAUUAGAACAACCAUUCAUAAAAUAUUAUGAAGUAGCCCAGGUCGAUGUACCGCAAUGGUUUAAAUCUGUAGUCGACGCAGCCGGCAUUAAAACACAUCGUAGGACACAAUUCUCAAUGCCGGCUACCUACGAUGCUAGCAAACACUAUAGAAAUCCCGCUACUGCCGUAACAAGCAGUAGUAUUGCGUUAACAACGAUUGCAAUGACAAUAAAUUCUAGUGGAUCCAUAACAACAGCACCAAAGCCUACAACUUAUAUACCCAGUUAUCAAAACUUACACAGAGGCAACAGUCUUAAACAACAUCAGCAGCAACAGCAAGAGCAACAACAAAACGAUGAAUAUUUAAUCAAUAGACAUCAGCCAUCACAACUACCUCAACCAUUAAAACAAUACAACAACAGUAACAAUAGUUCAAAUGCCACAAAUAGUUAUCAGGUGGAGGGAGGAAGAUUGGGAGGAACAGGAGGUGGGAGCGUCCAAGGUGGUAGUGGUUCAGGUAGCAGUAGCGCUACCAGCUCCAGUCCACUUUCACCACCCAGUUUUAGCUAUAAUGCCAGUUGCCUUGGCAAAGAGGAAACGCAAAAAUUUUAUCGUAAGUCUCCUUUCAUGCAAAGAAAAUAUAAUAACGUGGCAGCAACGACCAGUUAUAAAUAUCAUUCAUCGGGAGAUGAAAGCCCUAAAAAGGAAUCCGUAUUAAGUAGUAUAGGUCAUUCGAUAUUACGUAAUCUCACGACUUCACCGUUUAGCCAAAAGAAACAUCCACAUGCUGUACCUUCUCAUAUAAACCAAACUGACCCUUCAAGGCUUCUGCCUAGCAAUAAGGAUGCUCCAAUAGUUUUUGAUACUUGUGAUAGUUCAACAACAGCAACAACAACUACAUCUAACAUACAAUCUUCAAACGCAGCCACACUUUCGUCAGCUUUUCAACGUAAACGAUUUCAAGUUUCCUCCGAGGGUAGGAGCAAUUUAAAAAAAUCUGGCCUUGAACAGCAGCAGCAGUAUCAACAGCUACCAGAAAAACCUUCAUUGAUAUCACUUACCAAAAAUGAAAUACCAUCACCACGUGUACAGGGCAAUCAUAGUCCUAUAGUCCUUCAGCGAUUCUACCAUCAACAAAAUCAAUUACGAGAAAAAGAGUUAGAACGUCAACAGCAACAAAACCUUCAUCAACAUUACUUUCCUAAGUAUUCACCACCAGAAAACGUAAAUACUUUUCAAUCCAUCCCUCCACCACAGCAGCCGCAAUUUUCUCAUAUGCCCUUCGCGUUCACUAGUGGUGGUAAUAGUGCUGGUACUUUGACGUCAACAUAUUCAACAUCUAGUCAGUCAUCUACACAAUCUUCACAGUGCUCACAAAUUAUCAGUACUGAUAUUAUUAUGAAUAACGAUAAUGACGGCGGCAGUAAUGGUAGUGUAGGUCCUCGUAGUUUACCACUAACGAAUACUGAAAACAAGAUAUCUCCUCCUAUUAUGGGUUUUGGGAUUUCAUCAACGCCGGGUCAAUUGCAAUAUCAGCCAUUGCCUCAACAAUAUCUAGGUAGUAAUGUAGGAUAUACAACUAACUCAUUGAGAAGUUCACGGUCGCCUCCCACAUCGCCUGAAACCCUCUCCGACUCGGCCGUUUUAACUGCGAAAGGACAAAGCACUAGUCCAGCUAUUAGCCGUUUAAGUAAAUUGUAUGCUCAGCGGCAAUUACAUCCACAAGCGGCAAGUGGUAGUGCAGGUGGCAGCUUGGGUAAAGGAAGUUCAACCAAAGAGAAUAACUAUAAAAUGGAUAGUGGCUGGUUUAAUAGCCUGGCAGGUGCUAUGAAACGUCAAAUAGCGAAUUAUGUUAAAAUGAAUAAUUCUAACACUCAUCUAGCUCAGACAUCGUCGACCAUGAAUGGUGCCGAUUGUUCGUCCCCCGAUGUAUCCGAAACCAAGCCACAGUCUUAUUAUCGUACCAUGUCGUCGGCUGGAAGUAGCACGAACACUAGUAAUAAUACCUCGCCUACAGAGCAGGCGAAAACUGCGCUCGUCGGACAACCAGACGGAACGGAUUUUCAGGAGGCUUCUAAUGCUGCCGGCUUUUUAAGACGUUAUGCGGUAACUGGUGGAGCUAAUGCAUCAACAUGUAUUGCUGUAGGUACGGCUGCAAUGCCAGGUACGCAUACGCCUGCUCAUGUUCUAGCUAAUUUAGAUAAACGGCAUCGUUCUCCUGACCCACCACCACGCUAUAAUCGAGGCCAAUCACCUUUAUUGCUGCGUAAAAAUCUUCUAGAACUUGGUGGCCAACCACCAGGUGGUUCCCCAUUACUAAAUCGAAGAUAUGUUACAAUCUCCCCUCCCUUACCACCACCAAGACGUGGUUCUGAAAGCGUACCCGGCUCUCCGCAGCACUUUCGCACUCGUAUUCAUUAUACACCUGAACCACAGAGACGUAUAUAUCGUACAAUAGAUCAAUGAGUAGCACUGCAAAUUAUGGUUAUGUGAUAUUGGUAUGGCUUUGUUGAUGAUGACGUUACCACGGCUACCACUACUACUGCUGUUGGUGCUGACGCUGGCAGUGAACCUGCUGGUCAUCAUUCAGAUUUGACUACUUCCGAAUUAAGUUCCGCAGAUUUUCGUUUCGACAGCAGUAGCCGCAGCUUUAGCCACGGUGGUAAUAGUAUGGUUGAUCGUCUGGAUACAUUAGCUACAACAACGGCUGAAUCACAAAUUUUAAAUGCUAUGCAAUGUCCGGCUUCGGCACCAGCGUUUUCUUCGUUAUCUUUAGAUGCUGACGACAUGGAGAUGGCUCGUAUGCGUCGUGCUAAAUAUUGGCUGCAAAAGUAGUAAAAUGGGGUAAAAUAUAUUUUUGUUCUUGUAUUUUUAUUCUGUUUUUAACCAUCAUUAGAAAGAGAGAAAAAUGUGAAUUUGCUCCAAGAACUGAAGACCAAGCCAAUCGAAAUCAAAUAUCUUUUAAAAAUGAUCGGGUUGUGUCAAAUUAAUUUCGAUAAAAAGAUUAUUCCACUUCAGAGAGUGCACACAUUUAUUCAUUUUGGAAUAGUGAUGUGUACAUUUUAAAAUCCAGCACUGGAAUGCCAAAUUCUAUAUUGAGCGGCUUCUACGAUCUGUAAUAAUUUUAAAACAAUUUGAAGCUUAUUUGCUUCCUUUAUUACAUCAACCGAUUUAGGAAUGUUUUAGGAAUUUUCUCGGAUGUCGCAUUGAUGGACUGAUAGUCUUACACCUGCUAUGAAGACUGACUAACAGUUUUGAAAUGCCUUUUGUGUUAAUAUCAAAAGUAAUUAAAGGAAUAAAGGAAAAAACGAAGGUAAUCAUUUUUGCACGAAAAAUUUUUGAUAAUUCAACAGUGAUUGUCAUAAAAUAGCUUUAAAGCAAUCAAACAUGAGUGACUAUUCAAUUUUGGAACGCAAAGUAUUUUUUUUUUUCUUAUUAAGCAGAAAAUUCGACUUUUACAAUAAUGCCGAGACCACAUUUAAAUCUGUUUCAAUUUAUUUCACUUCCACGAGAUUUCGGUUAGCCUGCGACACUGAAGUAAACAUAUAUUAAAAAAAGGAACUACGUUCAAGUUUAAAUAAUAGAAGAAAGGGUUUCCUACACUUCGUUUCAAUUCUUUCCUUCUGGCGCGAGACUAACAAAUCGAAAUUGUCUCAUCACUUUUAUUUUGAAACCUUUCCAUCACCGAAGAAUGCAGGGUGUAUUCUCAUUUUGUCAGAACGUUUGCAAACGUUUGCUUCAUAGAAUAUGUAAAGAAUAUGUGUUCUUAGUCAAUAACACAUACUGAAUUGAUGUAAGCACGUCUAUUUGUCCGUCAGCAAAUCUGUGAUAAACGCUAUCCCGGUCGUAAAACUAAGAUAUCAGGCUCAAAUUUAGCAAAACCAUUAAAAGUUCUUGCAGACAAAAUGCUAUUUAAAACUAAGCAAUACGGCCCAAGGGUACGCCUAUAGUACAGCAUAUAUUGUGAAUAGCCGCCUUAUUCUCAAAAGCCAAAAAAUUACGUUAGUUGCUUGUUACUCAUAAGAAACAAGAAGCCCAAGAAUACGCUUCCGCGUACAUUUUAUGAAUCGUCUCAAAUUACCUAAAAAAAGUAGAAAAAAUCGUCCAGCACCUGCCCGAGCAACCUUAUAGAGCAGCAAAAUUAAUUUAUUUAUUAAUCUUUUUUUAGUUUAUUUUAAGAUGCAGGUGGCGGGUGUUAAUGUUUCGGUAACAGCCAUAUAUAAUAUUCUUACAUGCUGCUAGGACACGAGUAAAUAGUAUUAAGCUAACAGGGAUGUAAUUUUAAUCUUAAGUUUGUUUCAAGCAAAAAAUGAUUUGCCUUUUAAAAUUUUGGAUUUUAUUCAACUUUACUAUUUACGAUUCGGUAAACCAAUAGCUAACAGUGUUGUGCCCGCUUUAUAAACCGUUAUUGAGUAUUUUAUAUUAUGUUCUUGCUUCCACAUACGCAUCAACCGUAUGUCUUUAAGGAUCGAGAAUUCUUUUUAUGUACAAUAUAUAUUAAAUUGAAAUUUUAUAUGUGGAAGACGCGGCUAGGAUAUCUCCACUAUAAAAAUAUUCUAAAGAGUAUUGGACGAUCGCCAUGGAUUUAUUUUUGGAUUUUAGCAUUUUUGCGAAUCUUUUCGUUAAAAUCUAAAGUCAGUUUAUAUGAUAAGCAAUUCUAUAGUAAACAUUAAUUAUUUCAGAUUAUUAACAAAACUAUAAAAAUCGAAAUAAGAAUAACAUGUUUUUCUCUUUCAAAUUUUAUAAAGCGUAACUAUUCUAAGUGGUGGUUAAUAUGUCUUCUAAGAAAUUCUUAUUUUAAAUGUUAAAGUUAUUUUAAAAUAAUCUCUGAGUUGCCAAAAAGUAAAAAGGAAAACCAUUGGUUUGCAUUCCAUCAGAAUUUUUUUUUUUUUUUUUUGCAAAUUAAUCUAAAGCCUAUACAAAAUAAUAGGCGUAAAGUUUCUUACAGGCAUACACUCGUGCAUACAGAUAUAAAUAUGCAAAUGUAUAAACUACUAAAAAAUAGACUACAAAAUUUGUAAUUAACUUACAGCCUAUAUACACGCUAAGGCUUUUUUGAAAUGCGCUUUAAUAAACAAAAAAAAAGGAAAAAAAAAAGAGAAA